UCCGACCCAGGACUCCCGCGCCAUGCCGUCUGAGAAGACCUUCAAGCAGCGCCGCAGCUUCGAACAAAGAGUGGAAGAUGUCCGGCUCAUACAGGAACAGCACCCCACCAAGAUCACGGUGAUAAUAGAGCGAUACAAGGGUGAGAAGCAACUGCCUGUCCUGGACAAAACCAAGUUCCUUGUACUUGAUCACGUGAACAUGAGCGAGCUCAUCAAGAUAAUUAGAAGGCGCUUACAGCUUAACACCAAUCAAGCUUUCUUCCUCCUGGUGAACCGGCGCAGCAUGGUGAUUGUGUCCACACCCAUUUCUGAAGUGUACGAGAGUGAGAAGGAUGAAGAUGGCUUUCUGUACAUGGUGUAUGCCUCCCAGGAGACAUUUGGAGCAGCAUUGGCUGUGUAAGACUAAAACAAUGCCUAAUGUUUGUUAAGCCCUUAUCAAGGAAAAAAGGGAUGUUACCAGAGGAUGCUGGUCAGCUCACAUUCAUAGAUCAGAACGUAGGCACCCACCUAAGGUGUUAGGAACUGUUUGUCAGCCAGAAACUGAGCUCCAUGCAAGCACAUUCAGCUUGGAAAAUCAUCUAAACUAGGCUCUCUUGUGUUCAAACUUUAGAAAUUUAAAAAUAAAAUACUUUGCAUCCUAA